CGAGGUCGAGGUCGAGGUCGACGGGACGGUCGCUCGAGGAGACUCGCGUGCCGUAGGCUUUGACUCAGGUGGCCGGUUCAGCCUCGAUCUCCGGCCACGAGUCGUCCGCGUCGAUAAUCGGUAGACGUGUGCGAGCGGCGUCUCGAGGAAAACUCGGAAGCGAGAUUCCGUCGACAACGAGGGGUACAAAAAAAGAAGAGAGGUUCCGGGGGAGAAAGAGCGACCGAGUAAGAGAGAGAGAAUUUUUGUUCCGCUCUCCACUCCGCAACGCGCGCUCUGCUACUGACGGAAGAGCAAGAGAGAAGGAGCGAGCUCGAGCAAGAUAGACGAGGCUCGAGGAUGGUGCUGAGUUUAAGGAGCGCACCGGCCGACGGACCUCGUCGAGUGUUUUAAGUACACUGGCGGAAGUGAGGAGGACGGGCCCCGCUCGGAAGUAUACAAGACACUAUAGACUGCGGAAACCCAUCGUUUCACCCAUGCCAGCAAUCGAGAGUGACGAGUCUCUCACGACACCUCUCUGCCACCCCGCAGAGUCGAUCUUACAUUGCUGGCAACCAUUGUUAUCGCUCGUUUCACUGGAAUAACACAGGCCAGUCAGGAGCUAUGGAGGGCAUGGCUUCUGGAGCCUCUUCAUUGGAUAGUGCUGGAAGUAGUGAUGGAGCACUCAAUGUUGAAAGGGAUAGUGGAGGAUGUGACAGCAUUGGAAGUCCAGUUGGUGGUCCUGAAUGUCGAAGUGACUAUGAUGAUUUGCAAGCACAAUAUCAACUACUUAGACAUAAGCACUCUGAUACUAUUAGACGAUGCGAGCAUACCAUGAAGGAGCUGGAGUACUAUCGUAGCCAACACAUAGCAGCUAUGAAUCAGCCGGAUUCAACAUCAGUCCAGGAGUCCUCAGCCCUGCGCGGCAAAUACAGUGAUCUUGUGAACGACAAGCAGCGCCUAGAUCGCGAGGUGCAGGCACUGCAGAAGGAACUAACGGAACUCCGGUGUCAGAAUAAAGAGGUUCUCGUAAGUGACCCAAGUGGUAAUGCUACCGAUGCCAUGAAUCAACAUUACCUAUCAGCACUGAGAAAAUACGACGCGAUGAAGGACGAGUAUGACUCCUUAAGAAAGAGGUACGACGAUCUCAUAUCGUCGCACUCAUCAGCUGUUAACAAGCUGGAACUGGCUCAGGAGGAAGCGGCACGUUUGAAGAAGCAGUACGAGGACGUUGUUCAGGAGCGCAAUAGCACAGUACGGGAGCGCAACGGUCUUAAGCAACAGUGCACAGCGGCGAUUCGCCAAUGGGACAUUGCGCUACGGGAGCGAAACGAAUACCGCGAGGCCUUGGCUAAGGUGUCGCAGCAGCAUGAGGAAGCUGUUAAGGAGAUUAAUCAGGCGAUGGUGGGCCGAAUGAAGGCGAGCAAGGAAAUCAAAAGGCUGACAGAGGAGCGAAACGCCGCGCUGCACGAGUACAGCCUCAUAAUGAGCGAGAGAGACACUGUUCACCAAGAAAUGGAGACGCUGGGCAACGACUUGAGCCAGGCUUACGCUAAAGUCACGCAUCUUGAGAACGAGAAUAAGCAAUUGGUCGAGGAGAAAAAAACCUUAUCUUAUCAGAUAGAGACCUUGCGACGGGAAAUAUCAUCAGCUCUGCACGAUCGUGACGAGGCCCUUAAAGAGUCCAAUGAAUUACGACAAAAGUUUGGAGACUACUCCGAGGCUACGAGCCGCGAUCGAAAAAAUCGCUUGGAAUUGCACUCGUACAACACGGAGCGCGAUGUGGCGAAUAAGGAAGCCGAAAAGGAGACGAACCCGAGAGACUACGCCAAGCGUGAGAAGGAGCGUAUGGACAAUCUCGAUCAGGCGAACGUCGAGCUCGAUAAGUUGCGCAAAUUCGUCGAUACAUUGCAGGCUGACCUCGAGGAGGCUGUGCAGGAAGCCGAAGUAUCGAAACGACGCCGCGAUUGGGCAUUCAGUGAACGCGAUAAGAUCGUACUGGAGCGUGAAAGUAUUAGAACUCUAUGUGAUAGGCUACGCAAAGAGCGUGAUCGUGCAGUCUCCGACCUCGCCAAUGCGCUCCGCGACUCGGAUGACAUAAAGAGGCAACGUAACGAGGCUUCCAAAGAGUUGAAGGACCUUAAGGAAAAGAUUGAGUCGGGUGAUCAUAACCUGCGCACUAGUCAAUACGGCCAGAGUGUGCACGAUUCGGAUAACGAAUGGGAUGCCGUGACCGUGCAUCUGGACCUCGGUAGGUUGGGCCUCGAGUCGGAACGCGACCUUGGCCUCAUGCUCGUAGGUGGCCGAGACAAUCCGUACUAUCCGGAUGACACAAGCGUUUACGUGGCUCAAGUGGCGCCCGGGAGUGUAAUCGAGAACAAGCUCAGGGUAAACGACUGCAUACUGAGGGUCAAUAACGUUGACUGCUCGGCCGUAUCGACACGCAUGAUCAUGGAUGCACUGAGGUCGUGCAAUGCCGGAUCCGCGACUCUUACCAUCAGGAGACGAAGGCUGGGCCGAAGGUCCUUGAGAACGACACAGCUGCCAGUUGGAUCUGUGUCCCAUGGGAUCACGCUGGAAAUUGGUAUUUACAUUGGCAAGAUAUCGCCGGGCAGUCUGGCUGCUAAAGAUGGCUAUCUAGCAGUUGGCGAUAGAGUUUUAAACAUUAACAGUAAAGCAAUGGAAGGAGUAACUUCAGCUCACGAGGCGAUGGCAAUUCUAAACGAUACAUCGACUGACGUCCUUACAAUAACGACGCUCAAGGGCAUACCCUUGACAGCAGCAUCUAGCGCCGAGGCGAUGCCAAUAGACGGCAGCUUCAGCUCGGAAAAGCAGAAAAUGGUGAACAGCUGCUCGCAAACUGAGCAAGAGCGCAUGAUGUUGAAGACGACGUCAGAGGACUAUGAUCGUCGCUAUAUCGCCUCAAAUUUCGGCGAACGCAGCGUCUACAAGAUAUCAAAGUCAAUGAGCAACGACAAGCCCAGUGGCAUAAGUAACGCUUGGGACAACUUCCGCGAGAAAAUCGAUAUUGUCAGGGGUCGUAGACACAGCAAGGACCGCGAGGAAAAGAAAAAGAGACAUCGAAACUCGAGCCCUAAUACUUUUGAACAAGAGCAGGAUGCUAUUGCCAAGCUCGAUUCCGUCAUUGAAAGCUACCACAAGAAAGCUAAUAACAGCAAUAAUGGAGUGCUGAAGCGAAGCAAACGUCGAGGAAUCGGUGCGAACGGCAGUGGCGGCGGAGCGACCAGUGGAUUGAACAGCGCAAAUGGCUCUGAGAAAUCCUCCGCUGAUAAAAAUGGAGGUACGUGGCCGAAAGUGCGCAUAGGGCCCCUCAUUCAAAACGGCACCGGCACCAUCCUGCAUCCAAGAAAGACCAAGGAGCGACUGCCCCUCAGCAUGCUUCUCAAUAAUCCACCAAAAUACGAGAGCACGUACAAUUACAAUCGCAUCUCAAAUCCCAUACCCUUGGCAAACCUAAGCGGCGGAGUUGGCGGCAUAAGCAGCAACAGGCACACGGUCUACAAGGCGGUUGAGAGUCCCUCGCCGAGUUUCAUCAAGUCCGCGCAGCUGCACAGUCAAAAGUCCUUCGUGCCCUCGGCGGUGCAAUUCAAGGACAUCGGCCUCGACAAAACCGGUGAGGGAAAUCUCGGCUCGGUGCUCACGCCUUCCGAGACGAGCAUCGACUUCUCUAUCAAGUCCAGCCGCGACGUCGAUUACUACACGAAAAGCAAGCGCACGACCACGAGCAGCGCGAACGCUGCCGUUAGCACCAAGUACACGCCCCUCGGCCACGACGGCAAUAGUCAAGUAGACUCGCUGACCCAUAAUCGCGUUCAUUCGCAGCUCUACGCCUCGGCCUCCUCGUCCUCCGGUGGCGGCAGCGGCGUUGUGCCGCGUCUCGUCGGACCUGGUAAUUUUUCCUUCCCACCCUACGCGCACCCCCACCCCCACCAUCCGCACCAGCAGCCCAUCAGCAUAAGUACCAACUCGCGUUACCCAUCACCACCGUCCCUCCCGAGUGCCCAGUCAGGUGAGUCCAUAGGCCUUCCGGACGCGCGCUCCUUCUGUUUCGAGCCACCAUACAGUCCCCAGCCCCAGGCCAACUUCGGCCACCUGCACACUCCGUCGAUCGAUCUGCACUACCACAAGCCUCGCGCCCAUCCCACCAUGAGCUCCUACGACGUGCCGCCCUACGUGUCCCAUGGCUCGGCGACCGGUGGCUACGAGGGCGGCACCUUCCCAAGAAAGAAGGAGAAUCAGCGCUUCAGGAUACCGUCAAAUCCGAGCGUCACCUCGAAAAGCAGCAUCGGUAAGCUCUCCUCCGGCAGCAUCGAAAAGACCUCGGAGCGUGGCAGUCCCAUGCCUUCCUUUCACGUGGAGAUCCUGAGCCCGGGAACCGGUAGCGGAGCCAGUGGCAGCGGUGCGAGGACAACCGGUAGUAAGAGGUCGAGCAUGCCCGAUUAUUGUUACGCGAGGCCAGCGCACGGCCAAGUCAGGCGAAUUCACAUCGAAAAGAGUCAGGAGCCACUGGGGAUACAGAUAUCGUGCCUUGAAAGCGGUGGAGUCUUCGUCUCGUCGGUGACAGAGCACAGCCUCGCGUCGCAAAUUGGCCUGCAGAUUGGUGACCAGCUGCUGGAUGUUUGUGGAAUCAAUAUGAGAACGUGUGACUCGUACCAAGUGGCGGCCAACAUUCUGAGACAAUGCGGUAACUCGUUCACGAUGCUUGUGCAGUACAGUCCCGACAAGUACAGUGAACUGGAAGGAUCGGGAUCUUCGAGUGAUUCGGAAGGCAACGGUGAUAAGGAAGCAAGUCAUAGUGGCUCGUCCACGCCCUGCAACAGCCCCGAAGCUUCGCGUAAGAGCGCGAUCGAGCCAAUAGAGCCUUCGGAGCCGGAGCGCGAUCAGUCCAGUUUGUCGACCAUCAGGACGCCGAAGGAGCGUGAGCGAGAGCGUGAUCUCCGUACUUCGGCAUCCAUUGAGGUGAGAACGACGCAGGACCGUGAGCGUGAUAUUCGUAAUUCAGCCUCGCUGGAUAUUAACAUACGGAAGCCAGAGCUUCGCACAAGCCUCACCCUCGAUGGUAUUCGCAAUAGUCUUGGAGGCACUGGUACGCUAACCCGAGCCCAGAUCAACCAAACCGCCACUACGCUACAGCGACAGAACGCCACCGUGCGAAGUCCGGCGCAAGACGACCAAAGCCGCAACAAUAAGACACCGCCACUGAGCGAGCCACGUUACCUCUUUAUCGAGACGAGGAAAUGCUCGAACCUUGGCAUAUCACUCGUCGGAGGCAAUGGUGUCGGUAUUUUCGUUCACUCGGUCCAGUUGGGCUGCCUCGCGGAAGAGGCCGGCCUCCACAUGGGCGAUCGUAUCCUCGAGUACAACGGCGUCGAUCUGAGGCAGGCCACCGCCGAACGGGCAGCCCUCGAGCUCGCCCGACCCGCCGACAAGGUCACCCUUAUCGCACAGUACAUACCCGAGCGAUACAACGAGGUGAAGGAUAAGCCUGGUGACAGCUUCUACGUGAAGGCGAUGUUCGAUCGGGUUGGCGAUGUGGGAGAUAGCCUGCAGCUCAAGUUCAACAAGGACGACAUUCUUUAUGUCGAUAAUACGAUGUUCAACGGGACGCCAGGACAUUGGCGGGCUUGGGUCGUCGAUCAGACUGGCAGAAGGCAAACUUGUGGUAUUAUUCCGAGUAAAUUUAAGGUCGAGGAAGAGCUGCUUUUACGAAGGUCACUCGGUGAUUUAGAAACAGAUGCUGGAAGGCGCGGAACGACAAGCGCGAGACGAAGUUUCUUUAGGCGAAAAAAACAUCAACGUUCAUCGAGUAGAGAUAGUAAGGAUUUGUCGCAACUUACGAGUGUCAAUAUGGGCUGGUACAGUGAUAGUGGAACAUUGAACGAAGAGAAUCUUCCAUUAAGCUACCAACGCGUUGAAAGACUUGACUAUCCAGCUUUAAGACCAGUUUUAAUAAUUGGCCCACUAAACGAGUGCGUAGCAACCAAGCUGCUGCAGGAAUUCCCUGGACAAUUUACAAGGUGCUUACCUGAGGCGAUGCAUUGUUCGCAAGCCACAUUGGAGCAAGGCUUGCGAGACUCGCAGUACGUGGAUUAUCGUAAGAAGGGCAGUUACUUUGAGUGCACGACGGUACAAGCUGUGAAAGAAAUCUGUGAAAAGAAUUCCCAUUGCAUUUUGGAUAUAUCAAUAGCAUCACUCGAGCGAUUACAUAGGCAUCAAAUAUAUCCCAUAGUAUUACUAAUCAAAUUUAAAAGCACAAAGCAAAUAAAGGAGGUGAAAGACUCGCGAUAUCCUAGCGAUAAAGUCAGCGCAAAGGCAGCGAAAGAAAUGUACGAGCACGCUUUGAAACUCGAGGCCGAAUACAGACAUUUCAUAAAUGUGGUCAUUCCAGCUGGAGUGAACAUAGCGUACAUCUGCACACAAGUAAAAGCUUCUGUGGAUGAUGAGCAGAGCAAGGCGUUAUGGGUUCCUCGGGGUCUUCCUUGACAUUCAAGGGGGGGUCCCCAUAAACCGCAAUGGAAAUCAAUUUAAAAUCCAUCAGGGGGCCCUUACGUCACUUAAAACAACAGAAUUCAUUGAAAUUGUGUAUUUAUGGUUUCAUUCUUAUUUUCUGCUAAACGAGGUGGGAAGAAUUUUUUUGUCUUUUCAAUUGUUUUGUCUGUUGAACCAUUGUUUUCCGAACCGCGUUCACUCAAUACUUAAGGUAUUCCUUUGCUUUAGCCAAUUUUUUUAUAACAACAUAUAUUUUCAUCCCUCCCUGUCUUCCAUAG